AUGGCGCUGAAUGCCAAAGACAAGACUCGGCGGCGGCGGAGCAGUAGUUUGAUGUAUCAGGAGCCGCCCGAGAGCCUGGAGCAGCAGAGUGAUCAGGCCGUGCUUCCCAAUUUAAACUCGCAGUGGGUGAAUGCAAAGGGCGCCUGGCUCAUCCACAUCAUCCUCAUCCUCCUCCUCAAAAUCCUCUACGACAUCAUCCCCUCCAUCUCGCAGGAAACCAGCUGGACGCUCGUCAACGCCACCUACAUGUUCGCCACGUACCUCAUGUUCCACUACGUGCGCGGCAUCCCGUUCGAAUUCAACGCGGGAGCCUACGACAACCUCAACAUGUGGGAGCAGAUUGAUGACGAGGACCAGUAUACGCCGGCCAAGAAGUUUCUGCUCGCCGUGCCGAUUUGUUUGUUCCUCGUCAGCACGCACUACACGCGCUAUGAUCUGGGCUUGUUUAUGGUGAAUUUCCUGGCCACGCUUGCGGUUGUGGUGCCAAAGUUGCCGGCGCUCCACCGAAUGCGCUUCUCCUUCUUCAACCCUGACCCGGAAGAGAGAGACGGACGAUGA